AUGGCAUCUCCUUAUACCCUCCGUAAGGUCGGUGCUCCCUACACCCUGGAGCACCGCGUCUACAUCGAGCAGGAUGGCGUCCCCGUCUCGCCCUUCCACGACAUUCCCCUCUACGCCAACAAGGAGCAGACCAUCCUCAACAUGGUCGUUGAGAUCCCCCGCUGGACCAAUGCUAAGCUCGAGAUCUCCAAAGACGAGCUCCUCAACCCCAUCAAGCAGGAUAUCAAGAAGGGCAAGCUCCGAUUUGUCCGCAACUGCUUCCCUCACAAGGGUUACCUCUGGAACUACGGCGCCUUCCCUCAGACCUGGGAGGACCCUAACGUUAUCCACCCCGAGACCAAGGCCAAGGGUGACAACGACCCCAUCGACGUCUGCGAGAUCGGCGAGCUCGUAGGUUACACUGGCCAGGUCAAGCAGGUCAAGGUUCUUGGCGUCAUGGCCCUUCUUGACGAGGAGGAGACCGACUGGAAGGUCAUCGUCAUCGACAUCAACGACCCCCUGGCUCCCAAGCUUAACGAUAUUGAGGAUGUCGAGCGUCACCUCCCUGGCCUCCUGCGUGCCACCAAUGAGUGGUUCCGCAUCUACAAGAUUCCCGAUGGCAAGCCCGAGAACCAGUUCGCUUUCACCGGCGAGUGCAAGAACAAGAAGUACGCCAUGGACGUCGUCCAUGAGGCCGCCGAGGCCUGGGAGAGACUGAUCACCGGCAAGACCCAGCCCGGUGGCAUCUCAACCACCAACCUGACGGUUGGCGAGUCCCAGAGCCGCGUCUCCCCUGACCAGCUCCCGCCCCUGCCCCCCAACGAGGACCUGCCCGCUGAGAAGAUAGACUCUUCUAUUGACAAGUGGUUCUUCAUCAGCGGCGCGGCCAACUAG